AUCAAUUCAGGACCAGGAGAUGAGUCUGCUGUGAGGACUGGUUCCCAAUACUGGUAUUACUUUGGCUAUAGGUGAAAUUCCUCUUGUGACUUCUCUUCAGCCCCUGCUUGUAUAAAUCCUCUGGACGGAGAAUUUGUUGCAUCAGAGACCCCAGCUCCAAUUCAGUCUCUUCCUAUCACCAUGAAGGCUCCCUUCUUUCUCUGCAUUCUCUUUGCUCUCCUAGGUCUGGGUGCCUGUCUGCAGUGUGAGGUUUGCUCUGAGUUCGGCAGGGACUGCAGGGGCAGCAUGGAGACCUGCAGUUCUGGAGAAGAUUCCUGUGCCAUCACUGUGUUUGAAACCCUCAUAGUGGGAUUGGAUAUACAGAAAGUAAUCAAGUCCUGCAUGGCAUCCAGUGAGUGCAGAGCCAGCCCUGUUGUUACGAGGUUUGGGGAGGGAAUGGCAAUAAGGAAGAGCACCACCUGUUGUGUGGGGGAUGCCUGCAGUACAGCCUCCGUUACAAUGCCCCCAGCAAGUACAAUCCCAAAUGGUCGGCAUUGCCCCGCCUGCUCUUCUGUGUUUAACUUUCCAUGCAGCAAAGAGACCUUAGCUUGCACUGGAUCUGAGACCCAUUGCAUCGCUGUAACCGGAAGCAUAACAAUGGUUUUAUUUCCUGUACAGAUCACCAUGAAGGGUUGCGCCACUGAAUCUGUCUGCACCCAUUUAAAAGGAGAUUCAGGGAUCUUCGGAGACAACAUAGACCUAAGCACGGCCACAUGCAGGCCAGCCCCUGGCAAGUCUGAACCGACUAAGGGACCAGCCCCGGGGGAAAGUGGCACAGCUAAGGGGCCAGCCCCUAGUGUAACCAGCCCGAUUAAGGGACCAGCCCCCAGUACAAGUGGCACAGCUAAGGGACCAGCCUCCGGUGCAGCCAGCCAAACUAGGGGUCCAGCCCUUUUUGCGGCUGGCACGACUCCAGGACCAUCUGGGCUUCUCCUCCUCCCAGUCCUCACAGGGUUAUUCCUGUUGAAGCUCCUCUCCUGAUCCCCACACACUUGCACCAGCAACACUGC